UACCCGGAGAAAACCGGCACAGGGAGAACAUGCAAACUCCACAUAGAAGGGUCCAGACCGGGAUUCGAACCUGGAACCCUCUUCCUAUGAGCUCCAGCCAGCCACAUAUGAAGCCUUGCCCCCUGAAGAAGAGUCAGCACAGUGAGUUGAAGAGUCAAGAGCUGAAGCCCCACCGAGGACAGAUGGGAAGAAAGGGCAACACACAGGUAUGUUUUGAAGACCCGGUGGUCGUCACGGUAACACCAGAGCUCCACACAUCCAAUACCCUGCCUCAGCAGCACAUCAGAACUCAGAGGAGGAGCAGAGGACGUCACCAUGCCCACAGGCAGCGGGUGGAGCCUCCUGCCGUUGCAUCCACCCAAGAUCCAGGCUGUCUGGAGAGGGUGGAUCUAAAUACCACUGUGGCUCUGAAGGCUGAGCUGCAGUCACUGCAGGGGGCAGAGUUUAACUCCCAGAAGGCCAUUCAGAAGACCCUACAGAGGUCAGAAAGGACCAAAAAUCUGGUCAACACCAGAGCUACUGAAGUGGUGAAUGUGUCCCGCUCUCAGCUUCUGUACACCUCACUGGUCAGCAUCGACGUGCUGGAUGAUCAGCUAAUCAGCCAGGUGCUGCAGGACAGGCUGCUGCUGGUUCCAGCCACCUGCUGCCAUAGCAACAAAACAGCAGAUGGCCCCUCGCCCCUCCUCUUCAUGACCCCUGACCUUCUCAGACAAAAACCCCUCCCGCCAGAGAAGGAGCUAGCAAACAAAAAGCUUUGUCCAUUAACUUACCUUGCCCACUCGACCUUUGAUCUCAAUAGACGGCAGAGAUGCCAUGAGGCUACGCCCUGACGGACACACAGGAUCGUUUUGAUUGGCUUGAGAUACUUAGGCUACUAAUGAUAAGACUGUGAUGUCAUUAAACAGUGAAAAUUAUUAAUAGUACAUCACUUUCUACAUUCUAAAUGUAAUGUGAAAUCUGUUUCUCUUUAUGUACAGAGCUACAUUUUGUUUUUUCCAAUAAAACUUUUUCAAACACA